UGUCAAGUCAAUACGUUUCAGUCGUUGACUUGUUAUCAUUUUGCAAUUUUCAUUUAUUUAACCGGAGUUGCUUUUUACAAGCAUUUAUGCCGUGAAAAUCUAUUGAUGUGACUUAUAUUGGUUCUACGUAUAACAACUCAAGAUGAUGAAAACACCAAUAACUGUACUGCAAGAGCUGAUGGUGAAGUUCUCGCAGUCUCCAAACUAUGAGUGUGUUGCUCAGUCAGGGCCGCAGCACUUAGCCGUGUUCGAGUACCGCUGUGCGGCGCGCGGGCACGUGGUGUCGGCCAAGGCGCGCAGCAAGAAGGAGGCCAAGCAGGAGGCCGCGCGGCUCAUGUUGGCGCGGCUCGCGGCCGCCGGGCUCGACGUGCCCGCGCCCUACGCCGCGCCCUGCUCGCCGUGCCCGCCCGUCGUCGGCGACGGUGACGCGGUAGCCGCUGGCUGCGGCGCCAAGAGCUACAAAGCGCUUCUUAAGGAGCUGUGCCAGGAGUACAACCUGCCGGGGCCCGAGUACACGCUGGAGGGCGACACGGGCCCGGCGCAUGCGCGGUGCUUCACGGCGCGCGGGGCCGUGGGCGCGCAUGCGCGCAUCGCCUCCGCCACCACGAAGAAGGCGGCGCAGCAGCUCGCGGCACAGCAGUUGUAUCAGUACUUGAGGGAAAACCUGGCCAGGCUCACUGAGGACUUUGUUGAGGAGGACGCGCUGGCGCGCGCGCACGAGCGCGCCAUGGAGCGCUACGUGGAGGCGCGCGCCAACGCGCCGCACCGGCCCGACCUGGCGCAGCGCGUUGCCGACUACCACCUCGGUCUGUUGCACCACCUCGAGGAAGAGCAAGUGAACCUGGGCGCGGACGCGCUGGAGGCCGCGUCGCCGCACGCGGAGCCCGAGACAGAGCUGCAGGUAGUCGCCGGAGCGCUAGGCCUGCGCGACGAGUGGCACUCUCUCCCGGCCGAGGGCGGGCCGCUGACGCUGGUGCGGCUGGUGCCGACGUCGCCGCCGCUGGUGUUCUGCGCGCGCACGAGGGAGGGCGCGGCGGCCGAGGCGGUCUCUUACCUGCGCCUCACCAUGAAAUUCAGGGGUCAGAAGUGAACUUAUACCUGUACGACGCUCGUUUAAUCGUUUAGGUAAAGGUCUCGGAGUCGCCAAACGUCGACGUCGUCAUUUUGACAUUGGACUCCGUAGUAGCAUCGUGAACUUUGCAAAUUGUUAUACUUCGUGGCCUCAUCCUCUGGCAAAAGACUGAGAGACGGUUACUGAUUGGCGAUGCUUUAAACUAAAUAUUGUAUGUAAUUACGUACAAAAAUGAUUCAUAUUUUAUACUAAAUACGAGGACUGCUACUUAUGUAUCCGGAAUGGGCCACUUACUGGAACAAUAUAAAAAAUAUAUAUACAACAUAUAAAAAUUUUACUUUUUGGAAGUAGAAUACAGUUUGUGUCAUAUGUCUAUCAAUUGGUUUUACAUUGUAGCGCCAUUCUAAAAAUUGCUUGUUGCAUCUUCAACGUGGUUUUACUUGUGAAAACUUUUGUGUCAUGAUUUUUUACGAUUUUCGGUGUUGAUUAACUCAAAAAUUAUGCAUAGAUCGACUUUUUUCGACUUUUGGGAAGGUAGUUCCAUCGCAGAUAUGGUUGUAGUAUACUUACGGGCGAUUAAAAAAAAACGCUCCAAAUCGGCUGUUAUCCCACAAAAUAUAGACGCUGUGCGCGAACUCAUAAUGCAAGAUCGUCAUAGUACAUAUCGCGAGAUAGAGGCGUCUCUGGGCAAUAGUAUGACGAGCAUUUGUAAGAUAUUACAUGAACAUUCAGCUGUUAAAAAAAGAAAACAUCGCGAACAAGCCAUUUUUGCGAACAUAAUGCACGUUUUGUAUACCAAAAUCAGAAUGGAAAGUGCUAUUUAAAGUGGUUUCAACGUAUGAAAAAGUACAUCGUUCAUCUUGGCGAACAAAUAUAAAAACAAUAAAGGCAUAAAUAACUAAGAUUUUUGUUAUUUUUUUUGCUUUACCGGAUACAUAAGUAGCAGCCUUCGUACCAAUAUGUUGGUAAGCAAUCAUUAUCAGUAACAUAUUAACUAUAUAAAUUUAUAUAAUAUUGUAAACAAAUUUGUUUACAAUGUAAUGUUGAUUAUGUUGAAUUUAACCAGUGCAUUAUUUGAAAAUAUUAUCCGACUGAGUUGCCAUAUGUGGCAAAACGGUCCCUAAGUCCUUAUGCUUCAAGUGCAAGUGUCCUUUUUAUCUGAAAUUCUGAUAGAAAGGUCCUUUUUGCGCUUGAAGCAUAUGAACCCUUCUCUAAUGGAAAGCCACAUACUUUCAGUGAGGGUGCGUAUCUGAAGUUCUUUCUUAUCAGGCUCUUGUCUCGAAAUUUGGAGAGAGGCAAUAGUUAUUUGUGCAACAAGAGAGGAAAGUUGGUUUUUCUUGCGAGUGUUUAUUUUGAGUCCCGAGAAAGCGAAAGAUUCUAUAAUUGAACCACGAGCGAAGCGAGUGAUUCUAAGUUAGAAUCUUGAGCGUAGCGAGGGACUUAAAAACACGAGAUGUAAAAUAACUUUGCUCUCGUGUGACACAUAUAAUUUUUCACCUCAGUAGUGAGAACAUAUUAAAGGUUAAAAUGUAUUUCGAAUUACACAGAAUAAUACAGAAAAAAAAAGUAUUAUAAUAUGUACACUACGAUACGAGACGAGACCGGACCGGACCGGACCGGACCGUACCGUACCGUACCGUACCAUACAUAAAAAAAAUGUAAUAAAAGUAUGAAGUUCAUGGCCUUCACUAAAUUAAAAAGCUACAUUGUUUCACUCCCUGGAGUGAGGAAAGUCGCACUUUCCUUACUCCAGGGAGUGACGAAAGUAGGCUUGUUCGAGCUGCUGAGGUGAAAAUGAAAUUAAUGAUGAAGGUAUGGAAUCACAUAGGCACAGAUCUAGUACAUAAUUACUUUUAAUCGUAUUUUCACGGAAACAUACGACCGUGUCUUGCUAUUUCAGUCUGCCUCGGUACAAAAAGUACUGACAUUGACCGAAGCAGCAUGACAAAUACGAACGUUUCAGAGAAAAUACGAUGGAAAACUUAUGCACUACAUCUGGGGCCCAUUUCUCGAACGAUAUUAGACUAAUAUUAUUAGUGUGUUGCUAUGGAAACUCAUACGAUUUGACAGUUCGUGGACUAAUGAUCCAUAAUGAUUCCUUUCGAGAAAUGGGCCCCUGUAAUAGUAUUAUGGUAAUAACAUAGAAAUCUAAAUUAAAAAUUUAACUUGCAAGAUUUGACCCUUACAAACAUGUUACAUACAUAUUACAUAGGUAAAUUGCAAGUAAAAUAAAAGCUUGUAAAAAUGGCGCUGUCAAUCUGUCAUGUAUACACAACUAUUGUGAGAUUAUCUCCAGCGUGCAAAUACCUAUCUUUCUCUGCGUAUAGGUGAUUCCAGAGCAAUUGUAAAUGUUGUUUUUUUUUUUGGUAAAUAUCGUAGCAAUUGUUAUAUUAACUUAAAUUAUGGAGGCACGUUGUGCACUUGGUAUAUGAUAUAUAGUGCCACAUACUAAGUAUAUAAUAGUAAUAUGUUAUAUAUGUAUAUACAGGGUGGCAAAAAAAUUAGUGCAUUCCCGUUGCCAGGGAGGUUUUGGGAUUAUACUGAGCAACUUUUACUAUGGGACCAACCACGGAACCGCGAAAAAAAAAUUACCCUCCCAUAGAAAAUGGACCAGCCAAAAUGUAUGAAACGGCCGAUAUUUUUUUCGCGAUUUCGCGGUUGGUCCCAUAGUAAAAGAUGCUCAGUAUAAUCCCAAAACCUCCCUGGCAACGGGAAUACACUAAUUUUUUUGCCACCCUGUAUAUACAUAUAUAACAUAUUACUAUUUUUACUAUUAUAUACUUAGUUUGUGGCACUAUAUAUCUACUACUAUACAGGGUGGGCACAGGGAUUCCGACACACUUUAACCAUGAAUUCUAGUGCCUAUUUGGAUAAAAAAAAAGUAAUAUAACAAUGCCAUAGAAAGCCUAAUUUACGAGAUAUUCAAUUAUUUAAGUAAUUUCGAAGUUAAAAAAACUCAAGGCUAACACGCCCUUAUGUGACGUAAUCAUACAUACCAAGACACAAACAAUCACACAUGCAAAGCAGAAGUGUUAAAAAUAGUAAACUUACCUGUCACCUGCUAUAAACUAGACUAUAAAGUGUCAUAUUGGUGUCGCAUGUUGUCUUUUUCACUCUUUCAAACUAAAGAUACGUUCACAAGUUAGUACUAUCGUUAAUUGAUUUAUUUUGUUCCAGAAAUUAAGUAAAUUAAUUAGGCAAUUUUGGACCCAUGUUGAUAUAACAUUUUUCUUUCGUAACACUGCCAGGAAUCCACGGUUAAAGUCUGUCGGAAUCCCUGUGCCCACCCUGUAUAUACUACUAUUUUUAUAUUGUGUAGUCAUAAAAAUCGUUAUGUUAUUAAUAAGGUAUAAUUUUGUGAAAAUAUCGUCGAUCUACCACGUAGCUUACGCCGUUGGUAAAACUACGUGGUGAUUUUCUAGUAAAAGUAAGUAACUAACUAUUAGACAUUAUGUAUGUGUGGAACUAAAUCUGGAUGUUAAGAAAAUCUAAUAAGAAAUAUAAGUAA